UCAAAACAACUGAAUUGGUCUGUGGGGUACUCGGCUCAUGGAAGAAACUACAACUCGAGAGAAAUACUUAAAAAGUGUUUUACGUGAGCUAAUAACAUAUCUGAUUUUUCUUGUGAUCCUGUCUAUCUUAUCUUAUGGAAUGGUGAAUUCUAAUAUUUACUACUACACAAGAGUAAUGUCCCAGCUCUUUCUAGACACACCAGUAUCAAAGAUGGGGAAGACCAAUUUCAGAUCUUUGUCCACAAUGGAAGACUUCUGGAAGUUCACUGAGGGCCCUUUGCUGGAUGGACUAUACUGGGAGAUGUGGUACAACAAUAAAACAGUAGCAGAGAACAGAAGUUUCAUCUACCACGAGAAUCUGCUUUUAGGAGUGCCUCGUAUCCGGCAGCUGAAAGUGAGGAAUGCCUCAUGUUCAAUACCUGAAGAUUUAAAAGAUGAAAUAAAAGACUGUUACGACGUUUACUCUGUGGCUAAUGAGGACACUGCUCCAUUUGGGCUCCGGAAUGGGACAGCUUGGACGUACACCAGUGAAAAAGACUUGAAUGGAAGCAGCCAUUGGGGGUUGAUUGCCACAUACAGUGGAGCUGGCUAUUACCAGGAUCUUUCCAAAAGCAAAGAAGACACCUCUGCCCUGAUUGCUGUCCUUAAGAAUAACUUGUGGCUUGACAGAGGCACAAGGGCGGUAUUUAUUGACUUUUCAGUCUACAAUGCAAACAUCAAUCUCUUCUGCAUUGUCAGGUUAUUGGUGGAAUUCCCACCCACUGGUGGUCUUGUGACAUCCUGGCAAUUCCAGCCAGUGAAGUUGAUCCACUACAUUUCCACUUUUGACUUCUUCUUGGCUGCCUGUGAAAUUGUGUUUUGCCUCUUUAUUAUUUAUUACAUAGUGGAAGAAAUCCUGGAAAUUCACAUCCACAGGCUGUUCUAUUUUAGGAGUCUUUGGAACUGUCUUGAUGUUCUCAUUAUCACACUGUCAUUGGCAGCUAUUGGGUUGAAUAUCUAUCAAAUGUCUACUGUGGAUAGGCUACUGAAGGAGCUGCUGGAAGAUCAAAAUAGCUUCCCCAAUUUUGAACCUUUAGCAUACUGGCAAACCCAGUUCAACAAUGUUGCAGCUGUUACCAUGUUUUUCGUCUGGAUAAAGCUGUUUAAAUUUAUCAGCUUCAACCGAACCAUGAACCAGUUAUCAACAACCAUGUCACGAUGUGCCAAAGAUGUUCUUGGCUUUGCAAUUAUGUUUUUCAUCAUCUUCUUAGCCUAUGCUCAGCUAGCUUACCUUGUGUUUGGUACACAAGUUAAUGAUUUCAGUACCUUCCAGGAUAGUGUCUUUACUCAGUUCCGCAUCCUGCUGGGAGAUUUUGACUUUACCGAGGUUGAAGAAGCUAACAGAAUUUUAGGACCAGUUUAUUUCACUUCAUUUGUGUUCUUUAUGUUCUUCAUUCUUUUGAACAUGUUUUUGGCCAUAAUCAACGACACAUAUUCAGAAGUCAAAACGGAUAUGAUACAGCAGAAGUCGGAAAUGGAACUGUCAGAUCUUAUAAAAAAGGGAUACACUAAAGCCAUGGUGAAAUUAAAAUUGAAAAAAACACCAGUCGAUGACAUUUCAGAGAGUCUGCGUCAAUGUGGAGGCAAAUUAAAUUUUGAUGAACUGCGGCAAAACCUAAAGGGAAAGGGACGUACUGAUGCUGAGAUUGAAGCCAUCUUUACAAAGUAUGACCAAGAUGGAGAUCAAGAAUUGACUGAGUUGGAGCAUCAGCAAAUGAGAGAUGAUUUAGAGAAAGAGAGGGACUUAGAGCUAGACAGAAGUUCUCUAAACCGUCCACUCAGUGGCCGUAGCUUUCCACGAAGCCUUGAUGAUUCAGAAGAAGAUGACGAUGAUGACAGUGGACACAGCUCCAGAAGAAGAGGCAGCAGCUCCAGUGGUGUUUCAUAUGAGGAGUUUCAAGUUUUGGUGCGUCGAGUGGACCGCAUGGAACAUUCCAUAGGCAGCAUUGUUUCUAAGAUUGAUGCUGUCAUUGUCAAGCUGGAAACCAUGGAGAGAGUUAAACUAAAAAGGAAAGAGGUGUUGGGCAGGCUGCUUGAUGGAGUUACAGAGGAUGAAAGGUUGGGUUGUGGCAAUGAAGUGCACAGAGAUCAGAUGGAGAGACUUGUACGAGAAGAACUGGAUCGCUGGGAAUCUGAUGAUGCUGCAUCCCAAGUAAGCCAUCGAUUGGGAACUCCAGUGGGAUUCAACAGCCAUGGGCGGGCCAGGAAUUCCCGCCCUUCGUCCUCACAGUCCACAGAAGGCAUUGAUGGAGGAGGAGGAGAAAAUAGGGGUAGCAACAUGCACGUCUAGUAGCAUUUUUAUUUGCUCAAAAUAUUUUCCACAAGCAAUGAAUUAACUAAAUGACAAGAUGCCUUGGGACAUGGCUGUGGUUUUAUAGAAUGAGAUACAGGAAACUAUCAUGUUCUUGCCUGGCUUGGCUUUUAAAAACCAGACUUUCUUUUUUUAAAUGCACUUGGUUUCUGUUCCAGCCACUUUGACUAGAAGGGCACAUGUUUCUCCACUUUGCUAGAAAAAAUAGGUGAGCUAGUAAAUUUAUUUUUCAGCUCUAGAAUGUAAGGUGGCAGUGCUUUGCACAUUUACCUGACAAUAAGACAUAUUGGACCCUGGGACAUACUUUUAAAUAAAUGUGCAUAAAAUACACCAUCAGUAGCUGUUUUAUAUGUACAAAUCAGACAUGUAUGAUUUUCUUCUCCCUGUACUCUUCCCUUUCUUUUUAAAAAAGUAGUCUGUAAUCCAUUGUCUGAAAAAUGAUACAUACAGUAGUAAUAUCAGUGUUUGGCUAAUGGAAUUAGCUUAUCAUCAUUUAAAUAUGAUGGAUUUGUCUUUUAAUCAACUUACCAAAAAGGAAUUCCUGUUUUGACAAAAGCCUAUUUCACAUGGUUAUUGGAAAAAUAACCUUUAUUAUUCUUAAAGCUCCUUUGAGAAAAAAAUGUAGGACACAAUUUAGCAAUGUUAACCAUCUCUUGGAUGGAAAUGCAUGAUUAUAGGAAAUUUUCCCAUAAUGGCCUAUUGUUCUGAACAUGCCACUUACAAUUGUCCUUGUGAAACUAUGUAUUGGAAAAAGGGUAAUACGGAGUAUAAUCUUCAUAAGACCAUAAAACAGGGAACUGAUUAAAUAUAUUUUGAAAACAUUUGGGAAAAUAAUUUCAGUAAAAAAAAAUAAAAGCACUAAAUUAAAUAAGCUGUUCUAACAGUGAAACUGGAUAGCAAAAAGAACAGCGUUUAGCGGGGAGUUUCUGCAAGGCUUAUAUUCUUGUAUUUGAUCACUUAUCUUAAACAUGAAGUCAAAACCAGAGAGGUUGGUGGACGGGGCAGAAGUGCAGGUCAGAUUGUCUGAGAACUGGAAGAAUUGCAUGUGUUGUGUUUCAAAAAGUUACAAGUACACAUAUGACUUCUGGGGACAGACAGUGAGGACCAGUUAUGUUCUAUAGAUACUUCAUCUUAUGGUGCUUCUGAUGUUCAGGGCAGGAUGGAAAAGAGCAACUUGGGUUACUUAAUGUAGUGCCAAGCAUAGCUUUGUAAAACAGUUGUAUCUCUAGCUUUUGACAUUUUCCAUGCUUUUGGUGUUGAGGUAGAGUGGGAAACUGCCAGAUGGCUUAUUAUGCUUGUUUUUAAGUCAUAUCUUCCUAUUCUUUUUAACAACCAACACAGCAGUAGUGUUUCAUGUAAAGAAAUACUGUAAUAUGAAAACCAAAUGUUUGCAUUCAUAAUCAUAUUAGCUUAUAUUUCUGUAACAUGUUGUUACAUAAUAACAAACUUCAUUUUGAAGUGCAUUAAGAUUUCAUGGUAUAGCCAUGCGUAUUGACAAUGUACACAUACAUUUAAAGUAUGACAGCAAAGAUGCUUGAGUAUCUGUUAUUUUGCACACUGUAAAUAUAUCCUUACAAAGUGCCAAUGUAUUUCUAGGAUAAUGUUGCCUUAGCAAAGAAUAUAAAUGUUAAUUUUAAAUGUUUCACAUAAUGAUAAAAAUGUACAAGUCAACAACUUCCUACCUAAUAAAGAUUUUGUGUUUUGAAGUAGUUUGCAUGUGGUUUAGAAGGGGCUGGAUGUGGGCUUUGCUUCCAUUUCAAGGGAAUGGAUUUUUUUUUUUACGCUAUUCUUAAGUGCCAUCUAACUAAUUGCUUGUGAAAUAAAAUAAAAGGUUUAUAAUCUUA